CCUCGUCCCUCUCCCGCUUCAAAGCAAAUAAGUACCCCCAACACCCCCUUUCCGCUGGCUUGUCUCUUCUUUCUUUCCUUCCACACGCUUUCAAGUGCUCAUCUUCAUCACUUUCUUCUCCAUCGGUAUUUCUGGAUUCUGUUUCCUUUUCUAUUAUACCCAUCGUCUUUCUUCGUUUUUGUGAUACCCAACUCAUUUUAAGAUACCCCUCUACCUUUUUUAAUACACAACACAAUGGCCGAGGAACAGAAGCCCGUCGAAGUCGCCCAGGAGGCCGUUGAGCAGGUCACUGCUGCCGUUACCACUGAGGCUCCUGCCGUUGAGACCGCUGCCGUCGAGGAGACCAAGCCUGCUGAGGAGGCCGUCGCCGAUGCCGCUGCCGUCGUCGAGGAGAAGAAGGAGGAGGUUAAGCCUAUUGAGGAGGGCCACCUUGGCCACAAAGCCCAGGGCGCCAGCUUCCCCAAGAACCUGAUUGCCAGCAAGGAGUUCUUCUUCUUCGGCUCUGAUGCCGUUGAGGCCAAGGCUCUUGAGGCCUACAAGAAGUCUCAGAAGGCUGCCGAGAACGCCAUCAACAACAUUGCCUGGGCUGCUCACACCGGCAAGGGUCUCCUUUUCGCUGGUGACAAGGCUGCUCCUUCCCACAUCAUCAACCUUGCUCACGCCACUGAGCCCGAGACUGAGGGUUCUAACAAGUUCUUCCUGACUGCUCACGGCAGCAAGCACAGCUUCAAGGCCGCCACCGCUGCCGAGCGUGACAACUGGGUCAGCCAGAUCAAGGCCAAGAUUGCUGAGGCCAAGGAGCUCGCCGCCUCUGUCACCGAGUCUGAGACCUACAAGAACACCAUUGAGUCCUUCAAGCCUGCUCCUAAGGAGGAGAAGGCCGCUGAGGAGGCCGCCCCUGCUGCCGAAGAGGCCGCUGCUACCGAGGAGGCCCCCAAGGAGGAGGGUGAUGCCGCCAAGGAGGAGCCCAAGCGCCGCUCUGCUAGCCGCAAGCGUGCCUCUUUCUUCGGCUUCGGCAAGAAGGAUGUCCUCCCCAAGGAGGAGGAGCCCAUCGCUGAUGAGGCUGUCGUUGCCGCCGCCCCUCUUGCUGAGGAGGCUGCUGCCGAAGAUGCUGCUGAGGCCGCCGCCACUGAGGAGGCCGCUCCCGCUGCUGAGGAGGCUACUGAGGCCGCCACCGAGGUCAAGGAGAAGCCCGUUGCUAACAAGCGCAACAGCUUCUUCGGUGGUCUCCUCGCCAAGAAGGAGAAGAAGGCCGCUGCCCCUGCCGCUGAGGAGGCUGCUGCUGAUGCUGAGGCCACCACCGAGGAGGCCCCCGUCAUCCCUCCCGUUGAGACCUCCACCCCUCUUGCUGACGCCGUCAAGGAUGUCGAGAACCAGGCCAAUGAGGCUAUUGCCGAUGUCAAGAAGGAGAUCAAGGAGAAGCGCAAGUCUUCUCUCCCCUUCGCUUUCGGCAAGCGCGACAAGGCUGAGCCCGCUGCUGAGGGUGAGGAGAAGCCCGCUUCCAAGAGCGCUUUCUCCAAGAUCCGUGCCUCCAUCAUCAAGCCCAAGGCUGCCAAGACCGAGGCCGUCGCUGCUGAGGAGGCUGUCAAGGAGGAGGCUGAGGCCGCCGAAGAGACCGUCGCCGCCGCUGUCGAGGAGGCUCCCAAGGCUGACGAGGUCGCUGCCGCUGAGGAGGCUGUUGAGAAUGCCCCCGAGGCCGUCAACACCACCACCCCCGCUGUCACCGCCGCCGCUUAGAAGGCGUCAGCUCUGUGAACCGUCACGACUUUGAAGCAAUGCUUGAACUCAAAUGCCCCACGACUAUACAUAUAAGAUGGUCAUUAACGGACGGAUUGUUCUGCACUGCCUCUCAAGAAACUAAAGAUACCCUGUCAAGGCUGCUUUCAUUGAUACCAAUUUUCUACAUUGCUUUUACAAAAUAUUAUACCCCGAAAACUGCAAGAAAAAAAAGAGAAAACCCCCACUAUUGGUUCGCCAGUAUGGAAGAUAUAGUGGUAGUCACAUGCACUGGUCUGUUUUGUUCGAUACCCGGUGGGAGAAGUUAUAGUUAAUACCUAAUACAACUGUUGAGAGUUAUUUACAUUGUCUGUCUUGAAUGCUUGUUCUGUGAACCCAUGAAUACCAUCUGUAGUGUAUCGUCCUUGGACGGCUAGCUCUGGUUCGUUACGUUACCUGUAGAGCCCUUUAUGUACCAUUUUGUUAAGACUGUUGUUCUUGUUUUCAAAACGAAUAAGAUGAAUUAUGAUGUAUUUUGUACUAAAGCCUGGUCUCCGUGUGCUGACCAAAGGCUGACCAAAGGCUCGCUCGCGCCUAAAAACUCCUCUGCAAGUAAAAUCCAAGUUUGAUAACCCGUAAAAGUCAAGAGAAUGAAGAUGAAAAAUCAACGCUCGCUAGAUCUACCAUGACAAAAAACAGCAUAUACUUUUAAUCGUGUACAAAAUAGUUUCCGGAUGUAUUCAAGAGUCCAUAUAGGCACGAGUUCUUCCUUCCAUAUUGUUGGGGGGGGGAGGUAUUCGGCGUUUGCCGGUUAUGGUUCGACAGACAAACCUUGAUAUUUGGUGACAAGCUCGUCGAUUUUGGGUAGUAGUUCGGGGAUUCGAAAGGGUUUGGAAAUAACGUCGUCCUGUAAAGAAGAGAGAGAGUGUUAGCUGUGAAAACUGUCCUACGUUGACAAAGAAUGUGGGUUGACUUACGAUGCCUGCUUCUUUCGCUGCCGCGAUUUGUUCUGGUCUGGCGUACGCAGUGACGGCAAUGAUGGGAAUGUGCUUCACAAUAGUUCCCUCGCGCUGUAGUUCUCUAAUGCGCUUUGCGCACGUCAUGCCAUCCAUGACGGGCAUUUCGAGAUCCAUCAGUACGACAGAGAUGUCGACGCCGUUGGAUUCCUGGCCGGACCAGAAGCGAGAUCGUUCAAGGGUCUGGAGAGCCUCCUGGCCAUGGUUGGCUACAAAGAUGUUGUUACCGCAGUUGCGCAGUUGGCGCUGUAGGACCUUUUGGUUGACGAGGUUGUCUUCGACAAUGAGAACGUCGUAGAGAGGUCGUUCUGCUGUGGAAGGAGUUACGUUGCGAGCAGCGCUUGCGGGGGACGCGGCGGCGGAGAUGGCUAGGUUGUUUGAUGGCGGAGGUGUUUGCUGGUUGUAUUUGCGCUCGAGCUUAAAGGCGGUAACUGGCUCGCAGUUGGGCUCGCGGUCACUUUUCCUACAUUGGAUGUAGAAGCUGAACUUGCUGCCCUGGCCGUGGCUGGAAGACACUCCGAUCUGGCCGCCUUGCAUCUCCGUCAGGAUUCUAGAAAUGAAGAGUCCCAGGCCGGAGCCGCCGUACUGGACAUGGGUGCGUGGAGUGGCUUGCUGGAAUCGCUGGAAGAGAAUCUUUAAUUCUUCUUCUGAGAGACCACGGCCAGUAUCUUCCACAGAACAGUGAAUGUUAAUCACAUCACCCGCGCCCCAUUCCUUUGUGUGUAUGUCGACCAAGGGCAUCCUCUGGUCGGUAUUGCGCGGUAGAUAGGAGAUGGAAGUUUCCGAAAUAUCUCGUGACAUGCCAAGGCUGACAAUAAUGCUACGCUUUUCUCGACUUUGAGUGAAUUUGAUGGCGUUUGUCAUUAGGUUAAUCAAUACCUGGCUCAACCUAGAUGGGUCAAGGCGAGCGUAUUUAACGUCGUGGUUGUCGAAGCUGUCAUCGACAUUUAAUUCGAGGUCAAUACUGUGAGCCAGCAAUUCCGAUUCAAACAUCUUUAGUGUGCUUUGCACCACAUUGACCGGCUUUUCAUCAAUUGGAGUCACGGUCAAGAGAUUUGAGUCCAACUUUGACAGCGUCAGGAUAUCGUCGACAAUUCUCUUUUGAUGACUAGCGCAGAGGUUGAUGGUAUGUGCAGCAUCGGCGCAGCUCUCCAACAAGUUCUCUACUUCCUUCUGUGCAGAGUAGGAAGUAAAGGCGGCAAUGUUUUGAACUAUUUGGUCAGCACAUUGCAGGACGGCCGAAAGAGGAUUUCGCAUUUCGUGACUGGUGAUAUCGAUGAAGUUUUCUUGCUGGCGUUUGAGUUCGACAGCUUCUUCGCGUCUUUCGCUCUGUACCUUUUCGGCCAGUUUUUGGGACGAGAUAUCGGUGAUACAUCCAAAGAUGGACUUCAAGCUGCCGUCAAUAUUCUUUUCUGGAUACGCACUUAGCAGUACCCAUGUAUCAGUUCCAGUAUCGUUUUCAUCUUUGAAGUCUUUGAAACGGAACUCAAGUGAGACUGAAGUCUUGUCUUCCACUAGCUUCGUCCAGCCAGCUUCAAGCCCAGGUCUGUCUUCCUCCUUGACUUUAUCCAUCCAUGCGCCAAGGGACUCCAUGGAAAGAGAGUGACGAGAAAUCUGGGCCCACAUGUCGUUGCAAUAAGUGAUUUCGCCUUCUGAAUCAGCGAUGAACAUCCCUACAGGAGCAAAUUGCGCCAUGCGGGCGAAUCGGUGCUCACUCUCGCUCGCUUCUUGUGUGCGUUGAAGUAGCUGUAACGAGAGUUCCUGGCGAUCGAGUGCAGCAAGCUGAGCUGCUCUUUGACCGCGCCUGAUUUCUUCUUCAAAUAACAUGACAGAGGCAAGGGUCGUAGCCAUCUGACGGGAAAGAAGGUUUGUGAAUAAUUUGUAGUCAUCAUCAUAUGGGCGACGAGGAUUUGUGCCCAUGAUCAUGAAGCCUGUUACUGUAUCUCCGUUGAUCGGUGCGAUGGGGCUGAUAAUAACUGUGGUGCUGGGGUCGCCAUAACCGCGAUAUUGUAUUCCAUCAAGAAGAUGAGUCGGCAAUGUGCCGUUUGCGGCAGAUAAAACAGUCUCAGCAGCCCCGUUGUUUAGUAGGUCUAGCAUAUAAGGAGCGAAAGCAUAGUCGGUAAGCUUGACGUCCAAAGUAGCAGGCGCCAAUCUAUGACCCUCAGGGACACCAGCCGAAUGAACAAGGGACAGUACGAGUGGCUGUCCGGUCGUCGAGGACUGAGUAGAAGCGACAUCACUCUCACUGCAGUCGUUCUUUAUUGAGUAGAUCAGGCUGAAAGGAAUGUCGAUUUCGUUGUAUUCGAGCGCUUUUGUAACCAGCUGCCAAAAGCUUUGGACUGACGGUGCCACUGAGAUCUGCUGUCCGAUUUCACGUAAAGUCCGCAUGCGACGUUCCGUCACGGAGCGUAGGGUACUCUCAAAGGCAGCGUUGUAAAGACCAACGACAUCACCUUCUCGACCGAUUAUAGGAACAACAGACCACGAGAAGACUGUUUCUUCUAGGAAGCCAUUGCGGUUGAGGAAGAGCCUAUUGUCGUGUUUCAUGGUGGCUUGGCCACAAUUCAUUGCGCUUCGAAAGGUUGGGAGAAUGCUUGGGGCCACUUCUGCCCAACCGUCUUCGUAUCGCUGACCCAUAAGCUUUGGAUGCUUCUGGCCUGCCAACUCGACGUAUGCUUCGUUGUAGAUACAGACAAAGUCAGGGCCCCAAAACAAGCACGCAGGAUGAGGACUACCCAUGAUUAGGUUCGAUGUCACACGCAAUUCAUAUGACCAUUCGUCCAUAGGGCCAAGCAGUGUCGAAGACCAGUCGAAAGUUUUGGCAAACUUUAAGUGUUCCGGAAGGUCGUCACUAAGAGGGAUCCUUGUCCAAUCAAAGGACGCCUUCAAGGGCUGUGAUUGUAGGACUUCAUUUGUAAAUGCAUCGGGGUGCUGUUGUAAGGCACCAGUAUCGAAGGCAGGUUGCUCGUUCUGUGCUUCAACGUCCAUGGGCUCCGCAGUCACUAGCUGAGUCGCAGCAUCACCAAAAUAAUCAGUCGUAUCCGGGGCAUCGGUAACGGGACUACCUGGCAUGGACGCGCACUGGGAAACAUCUUGCGGCUCUUGCGCCAUGGGCCCUGAUGUUCGUCUCGGGUACGAAGACAUGACGUUGAUAUUGCCGCUGAUAAAUCUAUACCUUUGUCUAAUUGUGGAUUUUGUCCAGAUAAUACCUUGAUAUUCCAUAGACGGAGCAGUAAGAUCUAAUCGUUCUCGCUCGAGGAUAGGGCACAUGACCCAAGAUCUGAAGACUUCAAAUUCAUGGGCUGUUUGGGAGCCAUCCAUCUCAACAGCUAACAUGUUGUGGAUUUCGUGAAAGUUGCGAAGCGAAGCAUUGUAAUAUAAUAUGGGAAGAUUCGGGCGCGGCGGUGAUGGCGUAGAGGCACUGACAUCUACCAUGAAUGUUGGUCUGUCAUCGUUCUCUAAUAACUCGAUGACACCGAUGCCGCGGAGCAUUUGUAGAUUUGGUGGUAAUGUUCUGAAAUCGGGACUUGCCGUUGUCGAAAUCGAAAAUUCCGCGGAUGACGUUAGACUACCCGGUGUGCUGGUUGAUACUGCUGGGCUGACUGUACGAACGUUGCCGCUGGGAAUCUUGACUGUGGUUACUGAUGCAGAAGCCAUAUUAUCCUUGGCAUGGGCUAGCGUCGCGGCGAUGCUUGCGUCGGGCACUGAAUCGACGGAUGGGCGGCUAUAAUGUCGACCUGGGCUAUUUGAGAAGAAGAGAGGAGAUUGCAUAGCCUCGCGAGCUGCUUUGAAACCAGCGGGCGAGAGAGGGCCAGUGAUGCUACUGGGAAUCUCGAAUCCACGGGGAGGAGAUGUGCCAGUACGGGCUUUCUUGGACGGCGCUGGUGGCGCCCGGGGGUUUGCUGAGGGCCGCAUUUGUGAAUGUCUCUUCUUUGCAGUACUACUGGAUCGAUCGAGAGCUGCGAUAUGUGCUGGGCCCGGGAUGUUUUGAGCACCGGGCUGGGGUUGAUUACCAGCAGGCCAUGGUGAGGCGCUGUCGGUGUUUGGGGUUGGCGAGCAAGCUGCGGUGGGAGGAUUGGACGCCGCCGCUGAGGUAUCUGAACUGGGAACCGACGGCGUAGAGUUUGGUGUAGAGGUAUUGUGAGGCGAGACGGAGGAGGAGGAAGACGACGGCGUCGGGAGUGGUAGAGUCUGGUGGGAAGGGCGAAGAGGCGGGCGAUUCGGAGACGGGCUACCUCCGCUAUGCAUCGAAUUAUCGUUGGAAGUCGAUCAAUAUUGGCUAGAUGGCGUCGAGAGAAGUGAGAGAGUCAGCAGCGUGCUGCAGGAAAGGCGACGGCUUCAGAGGCAGCCGGAACAACCUGUCCGAAUUUCUAAGCUGGCGUCUGU